AUGGAAGGAUUCGUCGGUGCAAUUGGUAAUACACCAUUGAUUCGAUUAAAAACAUUAUGUAAAGAAACUGGCUCGGAAAUUUAUGGUAAAGCGGAAUUUAUGAAUCCCGGCGGUUCUGUGAAAGAUAGAGCUGCGUUAUAUGUAAUCAAAGAAGCUGAAGAGAAAGGUCUUAUCAAACCUGGUGGUACCGUUAUAGAAGGCACUGCAGGAAACACUGGCAUUGGCCUUGCACAUGUAUGCAGAGCAAAAGGGUAUAAAUGCGUUAUAUAUAUGCCAAAUACACAAAGUCAAGAAAAAAUUGAUCUAUUAAAGAUGCUUGGUGCCGAAGUUCAUCCGGUACCAGCUGUUCCUUUUGAUAAUCCAGAGAAUUACAAUCAUCAAGCUCGCCGUCAUGCUGAGAGACUUGAGAACGCUGUAUGGACUAAUCAGUUUGAUAAUACUGCAAAUCGACGUGCACACCUUGAAACCACCGGACCUGAAAUUUGGGAACAAACCAAUGGUCAAAUUGAUGGCUUCACUUGUUCCACUGGCACUGGUGGAACCCUUGCUGGUGUGACUCGCUUUUUAAAAGAGAAAAAUUCUCAAGUUAAAGUAUUUAUUGCUGAUCCACCAGGUUCUGUUUUAUAUGCAUAUUUUAAGAGUGGUGGUAAAUUAAUGGAACGUUCCGGAAGUUCAAUUACUGAAGGUAUUGGACAAGGUCGCGUUACGGAUAAUUUAGCUGGUGAUAUACAUUUAAUAGAUGAUGCGUUGUAUAUUCCUGAUGAAAAAUCUAUUGAAAUGGUGUAUAGAUUGUUGGAUGAAGAGGGACUUUAUAUUGGUGCAUCAACCGCAUUAAAUGUUGUUGCAGCCGUAGAGAUGGCAAAACAAUUAGGACCAGGCAAAAAAGUUGUCACCAUCUUAUGUGAUGGUGCUUAUAGAUAUCAGUCACGAUUGUUCAGUCGAAAAUGGUUAGAAACUAAAAACCUUUUAGGUGCCAUUCCAGGUCAUUUGCAAAAAUAUAUAGUUCUACCAUAA